AUGCUAACAACACGCGUGCUCGAGAUCCCCGAGACCCUCACCAAUCGCUCGACUCUUAUCCUGGUUCUCUGGCACGCCUAUAACAGUGUCGGAAUGGAGUAUGUGCCGCAGGAGGUUAUUGCCCGCUACAGUCCACACUUCAGGAUUGUUUAUGUGCUGGACUGCAACCCAGGAGACCUCCACUGCACCAAAUUUGUGGAAUUGCACCUGAUCUUGCACUGGGAUCGCUCCUCUACUACCAAUAAUACUCUUGAUCCAGAGGACUUCGCAGGACUGAAGAAUAUCGAGCAUCUGGGGAUCACCGAUUAUGGAGCAUCCGUCAACAAGGUCGGUCUAUCGUCACGACUUAUCAAGGACGCGUUUGGAUCGGGACCAGGGAAGCUGGUGACACUCUGCCUGGCACUCUUUGAAGCAGGACCGAGACUUAUAUCGGUCAUCCUUCUCAACGGUUUGACAAUGGAGAAUUUGAAGAUCACGUAUAUCGCCAGGGCGAUCAACACGGACAAAAUCCUGGCUGUGCUCUGUGGCUGCUCCCAACUCAAGGGCGGUUCUGAUAUCGACAUUCUCCACAAGUUGAGAUCCAAGCCAUGGAGCUGCACAGGGCUUGCGAGGUUUGAGCUGCACAUACCAGGGGACCAGUCGGGAGGCACACGCAACGGAGCGACAGGGGAGGCGGAGGAUGAGGAUUGGGUUGGGUUCGACGUGGCGAGUCUUAUCAGCCGGACGUAUGGCUGGCGCCUACACCCUCAAAAGAGCAACUAUCAGAGAGUCUGCAGCUCGCUUUGGAACAAGGAUUGCAUGAGAAGGCUGUUUAAGUUGUCGUCCAUUACAGGCACAGGGGCAGGACCCUCCUCUGCCAGCCCUGCCGUCAGGACUAUCCCCAGCGUACAACGAGAUGUUCCUGCCCUGGUUAGUGGAAUCAUCAACACGCUAUCUCCUGUCGGCCAGCAAUUCACCCUCUCCCCGCUCGUGAUGGAACAGUCUCGUAUGGCGUGCUUAUCAUACCACUCCAAGACUAUCGAAGACUUGAGCGCCGAUCCGCAAAAAUCACUGUAUCCAGACCCUGACGACCCCGCAUCCAUGUCUGUCGAAUCACUCCAGAGAUUUGUUUACGAGUCGCUGUUACAGUGCCUAGGUCUGCAUCCUACACGAGCGGCCAAAGAAAAGUACCUGGUACUCAAGAUUGUCUCCCAACUCCUGCACUGGCUAGAGACCGACAUCUUUGCUGCGCCUUUAUCAGAGCAAGUGUUUGUCAGUGCGUGGAGCGAUGUCUUGAAUACGCUAUUUGCCCAUUCUGGUCUACGCGGCAUUCCUGGUGAGCUUGGCAGCAGGGCAUCUAGGGAGUCUUUCUCUUUGACCGAAAACGUGUUUGGCGGCAAGACGGCGACCAGUAUAAGCUCCAGAAAAGUGGACAUGACAAUUAGGGUUUUUGUCGACAAGUCCUGGGCGGACGAAAUUUGCGUGUUUGAGUUUAAGCCCCAAGUUAGUGACCACGUCUACCAGGUUCAGCAGGGGGAAAGUGUUCGCCUGAAUACCGCCAUCCUUCUGGCCCUGGAGGAGAAGGGGCUUGACAUAACACAAUGGCAUCCCAUCAUCGCAGAAACUCUAGCCUUGACCUUUGAUUUUUACUCGCUGCGACGAUACGGCGAUGUCAUUGGUGCUGGUCGAUCGACUCAAGAGAAUGCCCACAUGGCUUUACCUCUCGUCACCAGCAACCCCACGCUCAACCUCUACACCUGUGACAUGGUCACUGUCGUCAUCCACACCCCUGGUCUCCUCCCCAACAAGCACGCCAGCUCCGGUGGCCUCUACCACCCCUACAUUCGCAACAUCCCACGCAGCAUCGAGAACUUAUGCAGUCCAACCGAUAACAUCGAACAUCAUGGAAUCACCACCUCAGAGAGCAACGACCCCUCCGUCCCGCAAGCGUGA